AUGGAGUCGGUGGGUCGGCGUUUGUCAUGCCGAGAGAAGCUUGGACCACCACACCUGCCUGCACGGCGCUGUUAUGAUGAUUCAGGUGCCUCGCCGCCACCAGGCCGGAGAGCUGACGACAACAACAGCACGACCAUUUCUUCUGCCUCUUUCAUCUGGUGGACCACGGAUACGUAUUUCAAACCCGAUCUAGAGCCAAAUCAAAAGCAUACCGGUUGCGCCAUGGUGCGCCUGCAGACUCUCGUGGCCCUCGGGUCUCUGGUCCUCCCAUCCGUCACUGCCGCGACGAUCACCCAGCACAAGUCGUCGCAACCGAGGAGGACGGACGAAGACAACGACGACACUCCCCUACCACUCGUCAUCUGGCAUGGUAAGUUUCAUUCUUUCCAGAGUGCAGGAUAUCCACCGCUAUCACCAGCCGGACAUCCGCCACUAACCGUGCAUCUCCCGUCUCCAGGCCUAGGCGACAACUACGCGGCCGAGGGCCUCCAGUCGGUAGGCGACCUCGCCGAGGCCGUCAACCCGGGCACCCUCGUCUACUACGUCCGCAUGGACGAGAACCCGUCGAGCGACCGCUCCGCCACCUUCCUCGGCAACGUGACGGAGCAGAUCGCCAAGGCCUGCGCCGACAUCGCCGCGCACCCGAUCCUCUCCACGGCGCCGGCCAUCGACGCCCUCGGCUUCAGCCAGGGCGGCCAGUUCCUGCGCGCCUACGUCGAGCGCUGCAACAGCCCGCCCGUGCGCAGCCUCGUCACCUUCGGCAGCCAGCACAACGGCAUCGUGGCCUUCCGCGACUGCGCGGCCACGGACUGGCUGUGCAAGGGCGCCAUGGCGCUGCUGCGCGGCAACACGUGGUCGGGCUUCGUGCAGGGCCGGCUCGUGCCGGCGCAGUACUUCCGCGACCCGGCCGACUACGGCUCCUACCUCGAGAGCUCCAACUUCCUCGCCGACAUCAACAACGAGCGCGCGCUCAAGAACCAGACCUACCGGCGCAACCUCGCGCGGCUGGAGCAGCUGGUCCUGUACAUGUUCAGCGAGGACACGACGGUCGUGCCCAAGGAGACGAGCUGGUUCGAGGAGGUCAACGGCACCGAGGUGACGCCGCUGCGCGCGCGCAGGCUCUACACGGAGGACUGGAUCGGCCUGCGGGAGCUGGACCGCAAGGGCGGGCUCAAGUUCCGGACGGCCGAGGGGGAGCACAUGCGCAUCACGGACAAGGUGCUGAACGAGACGUUUAGGGACUUUUACGGCCCGUACGGGAGGACGUUUGCGAGGGAUGACGUGUCCUUCUCGGAUGAGCUGUGA